UUAGCUUCCCUGGAGGGCGGGGUUGUUAAACACUUCCGAGUCUCCAGUCGCCUUUAGCAGCAGCUCCACAUCUAGAACAAGAAAAAAAGAAGAAGAAAACCAUAAAGGCGAAAUAUUAAAAAAGGGAUUUCUUGCGUAACUGACAAACCAAUUGUGUUUUUAUCUUCUCUCACCUUCCAUCGCCUUAGCAAGCGGCUGCUGUUCGAGUCAAACAGGAUUAUGUAUGUCAAGCUGCGGGACCAAGGCGCUGUGCUUUGAGGCCACUAUAUACCCAUGUGUGGAGCACCAUGGGUGGCAUCAAAACUAUUUUUUUUCACAUGUCUUUAUGGAGCUACAGUCUUGUCAGCUAAGGAAGACUGUUGUUUUUCCAAUGACCAGCCCAAGAGCUCCUCAGUGGGAACAUCUUGCAUUCUUUUUUUUUACUUUCUUUUAAAAUUUUUCCCCAACUCAAGUGUGUCUAUCCUGUUGAGAGGGUGCACAACCCUUGCUUUGGGAUUUUUACAACUGUCUUUGGUGUAAUAUAUCAUGGAACACUCAAGCAGAGAUAAAGAGACAGACAGAGUGCAAAAAACCAGCAAGAUGGUGCAAAAUCGCACAGGGCACAGCCGACCAUCCAGUUCCACCACAUCUUCAGGGGUUCUUAUGGUUGGUCCCAAUUUUCGUGUUGGGAAGAAAAUUGGAUGUGGUAAUUUUGGAGAGCUCCGCUUGGGAAAAAACCUUUACACAAAUGAAUAUGUAGCCAUCAAAUUGGAACCAAUAAAGUCCAGAGCGCCUCAACUUCAUUUAGAAUACAGGUUUUACAAACAGCUAGGAUGUACAGCUGAGGGAUUGCCCCAGGUAUAUUACUUUGGUCCCUGUGGGAAGUAUAAUGCCAUGGUUUUGGAACUACUGGGUCCCAGUUUGGAAGACCUUUUUGAUCUUUGUGAUCGAACAUUCUCUUUAAAAACUGUGUUAAUGAUAGCCAUACAGCUGAUAACACGCAUGGAAUAUGUGCACUCAAAGAACUUAAUAUACAGGGAUGUGAAGCCAGAAAAUUUUCUUAUUGGUCGACAAGGCAAUAAGAAGGAGCAUGUUAUUCAUAUAAUAGACUUUGGAUUGGCCAAGGAAUACAUAGAUCCAGAUACCAAAAAACACAUACCCUAUAGGGAACAUAAAAGUCUUACUGGAACUGCCAGAUACAUGUCAAUCAAUACUCAUCUGGGAAAAGAGCAAAGUCGAAGAGAUGACCUGGAGGCACUGGGCCAUAUGUUUAUGUAUUUUUUGCGUGGGAGUCUUCCUUGGCAAGGGCUAAAGGCUGACACACUUAAGGAACGGUAUCAGAAAAUUGGAGAUACAAAAAGAAAUACCCCUGUUGAAGUUCUCUGUGAAAAUUUUCCAGAGGAGAUGGCUACUUAUCUUCGUUAUGUGAGACGGUUAGAUUUCUUUGAAAAGCCAGAUUAUGAGUAUUUAAGAGCACUGUUUACAGAACUGUUUGAAAGGAAAGGCUACACCUUUGAUUAUACCUAUGACUGGGUGGGACGACAGAUCCCUACACCGGUGGGAUCUGUUCAUAUUGAUUCUGGGACAUCUGCAAUCACCAGAGAGAGUCAUGUGCAUAGAGACCGACCUUCUCAGCAACAGCCUCUGCGAAAUCAGCAGAAUGUAUCAUCUGAUCGUAGAGGAGCGUGGGAAGUGCAACCCAAUCGACAGACAAGUACUACUUAUAUUGCAUCCCAUCUGGCAGCAGAUAGGCAUGGAGGAUCAGUACAGGUGGUAAGUUCAACCAAUGGUGAACUGAAUGCUGAAGAUCCUCUGGCAGCUCAUUCCAAUGCGCCAAUCACUACACAGGCAGAGGUGGAGGUAGUGGAUGAGGCUAACUGCGUGAAAAUGCUCAACUUGUGGUGCUGUUGCUUCUUUAAACGAAAAAGGAAGAAGAAUACAGCGCGAAACAAAUAAUGCUACUUUUAUACAAUACAAUUGGUUAAAAAUAUGUUUCUUAACCACCAGAGACUUGAAUGUGACUGAAUUGCACAUUGGAUCCUUCUUGUCUUAAAUGUUCACAAGUUUUUUGUUUUUUUUGUUUUUUUUGGGGGUUUUUUUUGUUUGUUUUUAUUGGAUAAAAUAAACAAAGCCAAGUGAAGAGGAUCUUUAUUUACUUUGAGCUGGAACACUUUCUUAUUUAAAGAAAUUUCAGGCAACUCAGGCAGGACGGAAUUUAUUAAUCUAUUACCAUUUUUCUUUUCUUUGGGUGGUAAAAAUGAACUGUAGAACAUUCAACAAUUCAUCUUGCCUGGUAUGUCUGUUAUAACAAUGAGAGAAGGGUGUGAAAAUGGGAAUCAUGUACAUGGUAAUACUUUAAGUCCUUCCAAUCUCCUUGUCUUUGCAGAUUAGUUACUAUUUUUCAACCGUUUCUUUAACUUAUGUAUGGGCAUGAGUUUUACAAAGUAAAAUUUAAACCAGUAUAAUAUCAAAAGAUGCCAAGAAACAAUUUUUUUAUUAUAAAUCUUUAAAAUGAUUUGUGAAAUGUUAAUCAUCAGUUACUUGUGUUCAUGACCCUAGUUAAUUUAUCCCAUUUAGUUAUUUUUAAAGAAUAUUAUUUUUCUAUGUUAGUGACUGCUUUUAUUUUAUAUCCUUGCUGGCGAGAUCAGUGGAACUCUAUAUAUGAUGUUAUUUACAUAAUCUGUUGUUUUCAUUGUAGUCAUUUUGAGCAAACAACUUUACAUCUUAUCAAUGGUCACAUUGCUAAAGUGGGGAUUUAGCAUAAUAACAAAAGUGUAUUUUUGAUUCAGAUAUCGAAGGCCAAACAUAUCAGCAGCACCAUCUGGGAUAAAAUCUGACUCUUUAAAUUUUGAGCAAAAAGUUACUUUUUGAGAAGAUAAGAUUCAGAGGCAACAAAUGCCUUUUUGGUAUAGAAUAUUCUAUUCAUUGGUAUAGACCAUUACUCUUAAACAAUACCUCAGUUCUACUGCUAGAACCUUUUGUUUUCACCAGUGACUGAAUGGCCUUACUGUUUUUGAUCAGCUUUACUUGUCUUAGCUGACCUGGCAAACUCACGUUUUAAGAACGGUCAUGUCAUAGAGGAGAGCAUUAUGUUAACAGGAUAAAAAAGAGGAAUCGGGGAAUAAUUAAGUUCAUUAUUAUUGUCUUUCAAGAUGUAACUAUUUGACAAAAUGAAAAAAAAAGCUAGAAAAUUUUCAAUGAUGUCUUAAAAAUUCUACACCAGUUAAUGUUUUGCAGGAAAUGCAUGGUUUGCCUGUGGAAUUCAUAUAGAGUUGCAGUCUGUCAUUUUAUUUCUAAAAUUGCUUAAGAUUGUCUGCGGUAAUAAGUACAAAUUGGGUAUAUGUCAGAUUGUAUUGGUAUAGUUUAUCCAAAAAAGCCUCUAACUAUGCUACUCUGAGGCAUUCUCCAGUAAGAAGUUUGGUAGCAUGCCUUACAGACUUUGUAUAGCAAACUUGUAUAGUAGUUGCCAGGUAUUUUAGGUUGUAAAAUAGUAUUUUAGAAAUCCUAAGUGAUAUGAUUUAUGUCUUUUUUUAUCUCUGAAAAACCAAGAACUGCUGCAGUAUUUUUUAAUUGCUAAGAUCCCAGGGAUCCCACAUAGUGACUUGUUUCUGGUGCAGUAUAUGUACAGUACUUGCAGCCAUUCUGUCCUAGUAUUCUAUCAUAACAGAUAUAAAAUGCCUUGUUAAUUAUUAUCCAUAUGUGCCUAAAUGACACAUUUUUAUCACUUAAAUGCUUUCCCAUGCUCUUUGGUUUAGAUUCUAGAUUUUUCUUUAUUUGGCAUGGUUAUAUUAAGCCUAUAAUUGUAUAUUUCACAGGUUACAUCUUUUUACCAAUAGAACGAAAAUAAAUUAAACAGAAUGUGCUUACAGUUUAAAUGGCAGCUUUAUCAAAUGUUGACUUUAAUGUAUACAUUGCCUUGUUUGCCAGUAGAUUGUCGAUUAUGCUCAGGCAAUUUAAAAUUUUGUAAGUUUUUCCUGCUGUAGGGUGGUAAGCAAAGAAGGAAAAAGUACUUUUUGGAAAACUUUAUAAUCAUUUCUGAAAGUAAUAACAGGACAGGAGCCUACAGUUGUUUCUCUCCAUAAUGUUUUCAGAAUUGUUCUAACCAAUCCCAUCUCAUUUAAAUGUUUUCCUAGAAAGUGAAAGAUUCCUAAAGCUAAUAUGCUCAUCAUCCUGUUCUAUAAGAAAGGCACUGCUCAUUGGCAAUGGUGUUUUUAUUCUAAAACGUAAAGUUAUAAAUAUAACCAGUGUUUAAAAUAUUUUUUUUCCCCCCUCAGAUGGUAACUAUUACAUAUCAACAGGCCUAUUGCAUUUGAUAAUGAAUGACGUUGUAUAGUGUCCCCUCUUAACAUUCCAGCCAUUAGUACUACAGUACAGUGCUGACUCAGACUCAAGGUUGUAGUUGCACAGAUGAUAUUCCUUAAAGUAUAAGCCACCCCAUGUCUUUUUUGGGGAUUUAUGUUUAACACUUAAUUGGAAUUAGUAAUUAAGAAAUUGUAUGGAUGCGUGCAUCGAUGAACAAACAGAAAAAAUAAUGUUUUUUAUGUACUGCAUAUAAACAGCUCUCUUCCAUUCUAGUUCCAUGGCAAGUACAUAGUCACCUGAUCAUUUGCCCUCUCCAACUGCUCAUUUACUAUUUCCAGCUGUUUAUGUGCAUAUUCCCAUUUUUUAUCUCCCUGUAAUGGUUAAGGGCAGAAGGACUUGCUGCUUAAACCUCUUGAUAGCUGCAGAUUACAUUCAUUGAGCAAUAUACCUCUUGUACUAUUGACUGCAACCAUUUACUCCAAAGCUGCCCUUAUAAUGCUUAAUAUAAUGGAUCUUUUUCAAUGCCAUGCUUUUAUUUUUUUUGAUAAUAAACAGGUGAACAUUACGUUAAUGAAUGAAUAUCAUUUGCUUCCUUAUGGCAAAAAAUAUACUUUUAACUUUUAUUACAUUGGUAGCUAAGCAGGUGUUUCAUUUGGAUUUGAGAACGGCAAAUAGAAGGCACAUUCCUGCCAUGUACAGUAUCAAAAUCAAAGUUUUAUGGACCAAACAGCACUAACUUCCCUGUAUCUAGUGCAAUAGACUUGUGUUUUAAGGGCUAGAAUGAAUUUAGUUUAAUGGUAACUGCUAGUCAUUUUCAACCAGACUGAACUACUUAAAAUCUUUUUCCUGCAGAAUUUGUUUGCAUUAAUUAAAUAUCAGAGUUGCACCUUUCAGAAUUAGUUGGUAUAUUUUUUUUUAAAUGCAGAUUGUUUAUACUUAAAAUUUCACAUUUAAAUCAAAAAGAUACACCAUAGUUUGAGACCUUCUAGCAAAGAUGAAAGUGUCUUAGAAGUCUUAAAACACUAAAUAGUUUAGUACGGAUCUGUUCUUCUUUAGACAGAGCUUUGAAUUUAAUAGAGGAGUUCUAUGUCUUCAUUGUGUUAAAGAUCAUUAGAAGUGAUGCUGCAUAGCCUGGGUACUGUUGAAUUUCUUAGGCAUUUGCUUAAUGUUGAAGUGUUAGGGGUUUUUGUAGUGUACAGAGUUUCUGUGGUUUUAUUUUGCCUUUUCUCUCACAUCAUACAUUUUUCAAAAAAUCACUCUUGUUUUAUAUUAUAUAGUGCAAUAUCUGCAUACUGAAGCUAUAUCUUCUUGCAGGUUUACCUGCAAAUACCAUUUAUUCUUCUAAAGUAAUGUGAUUUGGUUACUUAGCCAUAAGUGUAAUCUUGAUUUUUCAAAGACAUGUACUUACUGCAGGUAUAAUUUAGCUGAAGCAACAAUCAUACUUUUUUAAUUAAGCAGUUUAUAUAUGCAUUCAGAAAUGAACAAAAUCAUGUAAAAACAUUGUGCUGGACUUUCUUUAAAUGGCUCUUCUCUCAAUACCUCCUGUUACAUACAGACAACUAGUUGAAAUAAUUAAACUUUAAUAGGGAAAGCCUGUGGACUGCUGUUUUGUCAUAACCGAAAGAAUCUUCUUCAGUCAAUGAUAUGAUGUAAUUUUAGUAGAAUGGCCUGUAACAAUUUAUGACAAAUCAGAUCAAUCCUUUCUUUUUGAAGACACAUAAGAAGCAGGGAAUUGUUUGUAUGCAGUUUUAUGUUCUAAUAGAUUUCAGUCAUUCCAAACCCCCCGGAUCAACACAUUGCCCCCUAUAAAGGUCCUUUUGCAUUAAUCUCAUUAAAAUCUGAAGACUGGCUUUGUUUAGUCACUUUGAAAAAUCCAGGGAAUAACUACAAGUGCACUGAUGUCCAAAGUCCAGUGAGCUUAGUGCCUCAAGACCAAACUGAAGAGUGCAGUCUUGACCUGCCUGAGUGUAUGGCAUGUGUGCAUUUUUUUUUAACUGCAAUGUACAAAUCAGUGAAAUACAACAUCAUUCAACUUUUUUUCCCCCUCAGUUCAACCCUUUGAUGAAUUAGCUAUGAUGUGGUUGUCUGUGGUUCUGUACCCUUUAAACAGAAUGAGCUAGCUAAUACUGUAAUAUAAAAUGAACGUACCAAAAUGUGAUGUAUUUUAAAGUUAGUGUGCAUCUGAUUCCUAUAAGAUUCCUUUUCUGUGUUUUUGAUUAUUCCUUAUUACUGUAUUUUCAUUCUGUCUUAACUGGGUUGCAAAAAUGGUGAUAACAAAUGUAGAUAUAAUUUUGGACUCUUAAUUUAGUUUUUAUUUUUGAUCAUUGAAUAGGAAGAGCAUUUACACGUGACAUUGUUAAAUCACGUUUCCUACUUUAUCUGAAGUAAAUUUACCACAAAGACAGAAAAGGCUAUUAAUGGUAGUAUCCAAACUAAGGUUAACAAUAGCUAUGAAUACACGUGAUUGUCAUUUAACUACAUUUUAAUUUACCUGUGAAAUAGAGUGAUUCCACAUCAAGUGAGCCUGUUUUCCUAAUGUUUGUAUCUGAGGCAGAUGCUACUGUUACCAACACUGCAAUAUUUUAUGUCAUAAAUUAUGUUUAUUAAAACAUGUAUUUUAAAUGUGAACGAAAUAUACACUGAUCAUUGAGAGCUUGUUCUUUUCUGGAAAUCAAGCAGCCAGGUGUAACGGAAUACUUGGUGAAUUUUAACUGCACUACAUAUUUGUUUACCUUAAACAAGUACUAGUCCUUUACUGUAGUUUAAUUUUGAGACUGCGUCUUAUUUAGACAUUUUUAUUUUUUAAGUCAGUGAAGCCCGUGUUGCAAGGUUUAUUUUUCUUGAAAAUAACCAAAAUAAUUGUUUUCCUGUUGUUAUUAUUAUUAUUAUUAUUAUGAUUAAGUUUACAUUUUAUUUAUAGAUCAAAUUAGAAACCAAUGUGUGUAAAGUUCACCUCCAGGUGGGGUGCUGAAAUAAGUGUACUUUAGCAGCAUUUUGUUUGUUUUAAAUGAAAAAGGAAAAGGUUUAUUUUAGGCAGCAUAAUAAAAGUGCAGCCUUUCUGACAGAUUAUUCUGUAUUUGUGCACAAGUUUACAUAGACUUUUCCUUUCCUUUUCUGUAUUUUUAGCUUUUGUUACAAAAAUAUAUAAAUACUAUUUUUAAUAAGGGGAAUAAGGUUGUUAUUUCAUGCAUAUUCAGUCCAGAGCUUUUCUUUGCCUUACUGGGGAACACAAUACAUAGUGAAAAUCCAACUGCUUAAAAUCAUGCACUUAAGUUGUAAUGUUUUUUCUUGUGCUGUUUUUGCACUUGCAUAGCAAUCAUGGCUUUGGGCUCGGCUGGAAUAGUUUCUUACAUUGUACCUCAAAGCUAUUGAGGUUUUUGGAUUAAAACCAGGCUUUAUGUUUAGCUGCCUAACCACAAGAGUGCUCUUUCCCCAUGUAAGACUGUCUAAUGAUGCCCAGUACUAUGCUGGAACACAAGCUGGUUAUCGUAAUGGUU